ACUCUGAGCACACCUUUCCUUGUUCCCUCCCCUUCAGAGCUACAGUUUGCAGAUGGGUGGAGCAGCAUGCUGGGGAAGUACAACAGCGUAUCACAUGAUGUUUUUACAUCAGAGCUCAGACUAGUUUCACUUCUCAGGAAGUGAGACUCAGACAGUCGUUGUCACUGAGCGAGAGGUGAGAUGGCGCAGAGAGGAGUUCAGCUGGACCGGGAAACCUUCUCUUGUUCCAUCUGUCUGGAUCCACUGAAGGAUCCGGUGACUACUCCCUGUGGACACAACUACUGCAUGAACUGUAUUAAAAGCCACUGGGAUGGAGAGGACGGUAAGUACAGCUACAGCUGUCCUCAGUGCAGGAAGACGUUCACACCGAGGCCUGUCCUGCUGAAAAACACCAUGUUAGCAGAUUUAGUGGAGGAGCUGAAGAAGACUGGACUCCAAGCUGCUCCUGCUGAUCACUGCUAUGCUGGAGCUGAAGAUGUGGCCUGUGAUUUCUGCACCGGGAGGAAACUCAAAGCCAUCAAGUCCUGUCUGCAAUGUCUGGCUUCUUACUGUGAGAAACACCUUCAGCCUCAUUAUGAAUCAGAGACAUUCAAGAAACACAAGCUGGUGGAGCCGUCCAAGAAGCUCCAGGAGAACGUCUGCUCUCGUCAUGAUGAGGUGAUGAAGAUGUUCUGCCGUACUGAUCAGCAGCUUAUCUGUUAUCUCUGCUCUGUGGAGGAACAUAAAGGCCACGACACAGUCUCAGCUGCAGCAGAGAGAGCUGAGAGGCAGAGAGAGCUCGAGGGGAGUCGACUCAACAUCCAGCAGAGAAUCCAGGACAGAGAGAAAGAUGUGAAGCUGCUUCAACAGCAGGCGGAGGCCAUCAAUCUCUCUGCUGAUGAAGCAGUGGAGGACAGCCAGAAGAUCUUCACUGAGCUGAUCCGUCUCCUGGAGAAAAGAAGCUCUGAUGUGAAGCAGCAGGUCAGAUCCCAGCAGGAAAGGGAAGUGAGUCGAGUCCGAGAGCUUCAGGAGAAGCUGGAGCAGGAGAUCACUGAGCUGAAGAGGAAAGACGCUGAGCUGAAGAAGCUCUCACACACAGAGGACCACAACCAGUUUCUACACAACUACCCCUCACUGGCACCACUCAGCCAAUCAGCAUCCAGCAUCCAGAUCCGUCCUCUGAGCUGCUUUGAGGACGUGACAGCGGCCGUGUCAGAGAUCAGAGAUAAACUACAGGACGUCCUGAGAGAGAAGAGGACAACCGUCUCACUGACAGGGACUGAAGUGGUCGUUUUACUGCCUCAACCAGAGCCCAAGACCAGAGCUGGAUUCUUACAAUAUUCACGUGAAAUCACACUGGAUCCAAACACAGCACACACACGGCUGUUAUUAUCUGAGGGGAACAGGAAAGCAACGUUAAUGAGUCAUCAUCAGUCUUAUUCUAGUCACCCAGACAGAUUCACUGGCAGGUCUCAGGUCCUGAGUAGAGAGAGUCUGACUGGACGUUGUUACUGGGAGGUGGAGAUGAGAGGAGGAGUUUUUGUAGCAGUCGCAUACAAGAAUAUCAGGAGAGAGGGGCUGUCGGGUGAAAGUUUAUUUGGAUACAAUGACAAAUCUUGGGCGUUAUAUUGUAACAACAACAUUCAUGAAUUUUGGUACAACAAUGUCAAAACUCCCGUCUCAGGUCCUGUGUCCUCCAGAGUAGGAGUGUACCUGGAUCACAGUGCAGGUAUUCUGUCCUUCUACAGCGUCUCUGGAACCAUGACUCUCCUCCACAGAGUCCAGACCACGUUCACUCAGCCCCUCUAUGCUGGACUUUUUCUUUAUCUUGGCGCCUCUGCUGAGUUGUGUAACCUGAAAUAGACAGACGUCAUUUAAGGGUUAAAUUCUGAGUUUUAACUCUUCGUCCUCUUCAGGGUUCAAGGGUUGCCCAAUGGCCCGGGGCAGAUAAAACGCCCCGUGGGGUAAAUAGAUAUAUCAAGCCAUAGAAGACGUCAUCGUUCUCUCGAGAACGCUCGUAGAUUUCCAUCAGGAACGGAGGUGGUGCUCCACAUCAGAUGUUUAUUUUUCAAAAUAAAAGGUUUUUACACUUUUGAGGCUUUUGACGGUUUUAAGUUUUUAGGUAAUUUUUUAGGACUUUUUUCUUUUACAUUUGACUUGUUUGUUGAUGCUUUCUGUGUUGUCAUGCAUUUUUGAAGUUUGGCGUGUCUUUUGAUGUGUUUUUUUUCCUGUUUAAGACUUUUUUUGACGCUUGUUACGUUUUUUUAAUGUUUGUUUUUUUUACACUUUUUCUUACUUAAAGCGCCCAUAUGUUGCUAAUGUUCAGGUUCAUAAUUGUAUUUUGAGGUUGGACCAGAAUAGGUUUCCAUGGUUUUAAUUUCCAAAAAACACCAUAUUUUGGUCCCACUACUAGUCCCGGAGCGUUGUCAACAUAUCAACGCAAAAUACAUCCAGACGUGUGUAAGGACCAGGAAUGCUGUGGACGUGUUUUCAAAGAGAUUUGCAGCGCGGUUUUCACCAAAUCUGCAAAAAAAACUCUGUAAAAUAUCCCGGA